AUGAUUGUAUUUUAUGUCUCUUCAGAUGGUGAUGCCCUUUCCUGGGACACCUCUUCCAUUUCUUCCGAAGGUGCAACCGUAGUAGUAGCGGCAAGAACUGGCUCUUUUUUGCGAGGCUGCAAAAAUAUUGUGAUAAGAAGUUGCUUCCGCUGCUUCUUUUUCUGUUCAAAGAGCAUCUCGUCGGGAUUCAUGACAUCGUCGACCUUGUUCCAGGUUGCAGAGCUUGGCCAGCUGGUUCCAAAUUCAAGCCAGUUUGGUCGACAACUUCUUCCAUUUCUUGCUGCGUUUCUUCUUCGCUGGCCGACUUCGUCAAGUCUUCAAGGUCUGCGUCGCAAAGCUGUCACCUCCAAUGAUCGCAGCCAACUGCAAAGCUUUCUGUACUGCGGAGUGUUGGAUUUCGGCAGGUGUAAAUCCCUUGUCGUCGUAAAUAACCUCCUGCCACAAAUUCUUCCAGCUCGUGUUAAUGAUGGUAGGCUUCAUUUCUUGCAAUGCCUUCUGGAUAUUUGGGAGGCACGUAGCAAUUGUGUACUGCCACGAGUAUGCCUCCAUGUUAAAAUUUUCGUCUUCGUCUUCUUGGGCGGCAUCCACAGAAGCAACCAGGCUCGCCAGGACAUUCCUCGUGUAUAA